UUCAAUCUAAUCCCAAUCCCAAUUCGUAGUCUGAUACAGCCUAAGUCACUCAGCAGUGUCGCCAACAUGAAGACUUGUUGUGCGUGUCGUUCUUAACUUUUUAAUGCACGGUAUAAUUGUGAUUUCACGUAUUAAAUUAAAAUACUCUUCUUGGAAACAUACAACGGCUUUGACGUAGAUAAAAUUGUUAAAUCGUUAAAUUGUUACGUGAGUGCAACGGGUUACUAGCAAUAAGAGAUAGGUUAAGGACGACACACACAACAAGUCUUCAUGUUGGCGACACUACUAAUUAAGUUAAUCGUCGAUUAAAGUUAAUCGGAGUCGGUUAAAGUGGCCCUUACACUGCCUUAAAUUACACUUCAACGGGCAAUUUAUGUAGGUAUCAUUUGGACGACUCUUUAACAUACAUCUUUUUAUUUUAUCGAUAUUCUUUUAUCUUAUACGUAUUUUCACUUCGGCCGGUUUUUUAGACAAAAAUUUCACCGUAAAGGUUAUCGGCAUACGAUAAAAUGCUACACGUGCGACAGAUACGCAAUUUGGACUGAACAUAAUCUACACGCUAAUUGUAAGAUAAAUAUUUGUUGUUACUUACGGAUCAUCGCGUACUUCACCGAUUACAGUUUGCUUUGCGAUAUCCAUUAUAAAUGCGGGGAAUAUCGUUAUGUAUUCCCACUUAAUUAGUUACACUGUUUUGGCACUCUCGGCGGUGACAAGAGUAUAAAGUCGGCAUCCGAUCCGUCGGGGAGGCGCGAAAGCCGCGUGUAGCAAGCGUUUCCACUGUGAAAUCUAGUGAGCAUAGUAUUGCAACUUUUGUAUUUGCGUGACUGAGGAUAUCCGACAAUCAUGUGGGCCACUUCGCUGGAAACGUUCUUGCUUCUUUUUACCUUGAAAACACUCGUCGCCGUGGGAAACACGUAUCCGACUACCGGUUUGGACACAGAGCCUAUAACAAAUAACAUAAUGGCGCCCAUAAACGACACAGCCGCACCAGUUGAGCCUUACAUAUGUGUUUAUAUAUCACUGGAUAUAGAUCCUUGUAAAUUCACCAGUUACAAAGGAAUCCUCACGAGCUUCCAGCGCGCAAUGUUGAAAAAUAAAGAUCGCAAAUUAUUCGAGAGUAAUAAAACAUACUUUGCGCCACGCCCAUCGAAAAAGCUUCCAGGGCAGCAAACUAUAAUAUAUGAAGUAAUAGGAUGCGUGCCGCCGAGAUUGCCCUUUGUUCUACCUUGGUGCACCGACCAAGAUCUCUCCGAUAAGAAGCGCGAGAUCAACCAACUUUAUGCCUUCGAGACAAAAGGCGUUUCAAAAGUACCAUACGAAUUUCCUAGUGACGAUCGUGUUAAAACUCUUCGUUUAUACCGCGAACUUCGUAAGAAAAAUCGCUCGAUAAUAAAGUCAGCAUAACGUGUGACGUACACUGUUGUGUGAACUAAUUAACGAAUUUAAACGGCUGUAAACGGUCGUAUUUAAUGCACAGCGAUAUUGAACAAAAAGAUACAUAAUAAAUUUCGUAAUUUUUCACUUUUAUUAACGAGAUUUUCAUAAACAAGACAAAAUGUCUAAUAUAUAAAAAUUAGAUACGUAAGAAAAAGUAUGUAAGAAAAGUGACACAGUAUAUAUAGAAAAGCGCAUAUAUUUUACAAAGAUUGACGCUUGUAAAAAUAACUUGAAAGAAUAAUUGCACGUACACAGCUCAACGGAAGACAGCCAAGUGAGAUACCGUAUAAUUAAAAAUUUCUUUAACCUUAAUGAUCGUUUAAUUAGCAAUAGACUAUAGUAAAUAGUGAAAGUGAUACAAUAAUGUGAUUGUUGGUUUUGCCUUCGUUUAAUAUGACAGUACUUUUGAUAACAAUAUUGUACAUCAAAUUUUGUAACGAUAACAAAAUAAUAAUCUAGUACUAAUCCUGAUGUAAAAUUAUGCUAUACGUUGUUGUCAUAUUAAUAAAAAAAAAGUGAAAUACAGA